UUGUUACUAUUUGCAAUUGAUGGAUUAAUUUUGAGCGGUGUUGGACAAUACUAUUCAAAUUUGGGCGGUAAAAGAUCAUUAAUGUUAACACCAAAUAAAUGGUAUUAUAAUAUUUAUUCGAAAUUACCAUUAACAUUUGGUGAAAUGCGCUUAAAUGGACAAUAUUUUGCAACAGCUAUCACAACAAUCAUGAUAAUUAUAACGAUUAUUUUGCAUAUCAUACAAUUAUAUUGGCGCAAAUAUUCUCGUUUAUUG